CCCUCGGCCUCCGGGAAGUUCCACGUUCCCGCCAGGUUCGUCUGCCCUGCCCGCUCACCCACUUCGCAUCCCCUUUGUCCCCGCGCGCGCGGAGCCCACUGCCUGCUCAGCGCCCGGACUUGUCUUCCUCCGCGCGGAGACCCGGAUGCUGGCCGCCCCGCCCCCCGGCUCACGCGCCCGGAUCUACUUUCUCGGCGUCGCGGCCCCGGCGUUGACCGUUAACGCCGCCAACGGGCGAAUCGGGGCGGCGGGGCCUGCGUGGCGAGGGCCACCUGCCUCACGGGCGUCGCCUCGCUUUCAGGCGUCGCCCCAGGCCGCCGCGCACGCCGUCCUCAUCGUCCCCUUGCCCUUCCCUGGCGUCCAUCGCCGCCUGCGUGACGCUCCCCGGGGGCUGCGGCUGGAACUUGGCCGUCACCGUCGCCUCCAUCUCGACCCCCUGCUCGCUCAGGGUGGCCUCCUACGCUUGCGUCCUUGCCGCCGCCCUCGGGGGCUCUCCGCAGCCCAAGGCUGCUUCUCUACCUGUUCCUCCCGCCUGUUUCGUGUUCCACCGUCGCCGCUCCGAGGCCUCGGGCAGGCUCGGACCAGAUCCAGGCCGGAUUCAACCCUUUCGUCUACACCCGAGGGCUGCAGAGGUCACAGGGAGAGACACCUCUGCGGCUGUGGAUCCUUGGAGUUCUUGGCGACAAGCAGGAGGGGGAAGCUGGGACCUGGCUGUGCACGGGUGCUCCCAACGCUGAAGAGAGCUGUGACACUUCUGGAAGCCUUGUUGAAGAUCAGCAUGAAUUGCUUCAGGAACAAGGGCUAAUAUCUUAUCCCAGCUUUCUUUAUUUUCAAGAAUAUCUUGACCAACCAAGGCAUAUUCUUCAAAGUAUUUUUUAAUUAUGUUUAUGGAUCUUCUGACAAAAGGGUGAACUUUUUCAUUUAGGUGAACUUUCUUCUUAACGUCUUGACCGCCCUUUACAAGACUCAAAUACUCAACUAUUCCAGAACGCACUGUGGAGGACAAUUUCCUAACCGAUUCAUCGCAGACCCAACAAUGAACACCUCUCCUUCCAGAAUACACCCAGAGACGAUGCUUAAAUCCAAAGACCUCCUUCAACGCUCGGUCGAUGAUGAGUAUGGCCAUGGUCAUGAGGGUCCAGCACUUGGAACAAAUGUCUGCGGAACUACAACAUCUCCUCACGUCAUCGUAGUCUGUCAUGUCGAUGUCGAACACCAGCUCUUUCUCCUGAGCCUGGAAAGCGCCCAGCUUCACGGUAUUGUGCUGACUGGGUCUGUGGGAAUAAAAUAAUUAAAAAUAGAAUUAGCCUGAUUUAGCAAAAAUAUCUCUGGAAAAAUAUUUAACAUAGCUUUGAUUUUUAAAGUAAUGACAUAUGAAAUAUUUUUGAUAUGACCUUUAAUUAUCUGAUGGUUAAUUAUCAAAAACAAAAUGUCAUUUCAGUAAGUACAGAAUACUACCUCCUUAAUGGUUAUUUGGACAGAAUUUUUAUAACAAACCAUAUAGAGAUAGAUUUGCUUUAAAUUGUUCCGAAUCUGGCUAAUCAUCACAGCAUCCUUGGGGAACACUUAAUAUGUUUAUUAUAAUAAAAAUGCAUAGAAUUGGAA